GUGUAGACAGUCGAAGAUUGCACCUGAGCCUGUCAAAGAGCUAUGUCCUCAAAGCGCAAAUCACCGCCGACGAAACUCGAAGGCGGCGGAGUCGCUUGCGAACAACAGCAAACAAAUCAUCACCAAAACCACAACCAUAGCCAGCAUCAAACAUUGCAGCUGCAGCACCAGCAUCAACAGGAUCAGCAACAUCACCAACACCAGCACCAACAGCAUCAGCAUCAUUCAGUAAACUGUGAAUCGAGUGCGUCCGGGAACGGUCCGUCGUCCGGCAACGGCCCGGUGUCCGACGGCGACCCGGGUAGCGACCGGGAUGCGGGUGAACGCAGUCCUACGCCGCCGCGACUGAGCGGCCCGACAGCCCCUGAUAGCUGCCCUAGCACGCCCAGCGAGGGCACGACGCCAACACCUGCCACGACACCAAACACGACGCCGACGCCGAUCGCCAACAACGUCGAUUCCGAUUCAGAGGGACCGUGCAAAAAGCAGCGGCUCGAGGACACGCUCGCGCGACAGAGCGCCCUCUUGGGCUUGCACAUUCCUGCUCAGUAUCUGUACAAUAAUAACAUUAGUGGUCUUGGAGUAGUCGGCGCUGGUCUUCUGACGCCGCAACGACGGCCAUCCAGCGAAUGUUCGAGUCCGCCUAGCGUCUCAGACGGAGGCAUUUACAAACCCUUGCCCGCCAUAAAUAAUAAUAUAGCAACACUGCCAGAUCAUAAUAGCAGUCCGCCGUUGUUGCAUAAUCAACAACAGCAGCAUCACAAUCAACAGCAACUUAAUCAGCAGCAAGCGCAACAACUCAGUCAACACGGCGCGUUGUUGCUCAACAAUCAACAACAGACGGGACGACGGACGAUGGACGACGUCUUGAGGCGGCUCACGAGCAAAAUGCGAGGAAGUUCACUUAGGGAUGGAAGGCGGGCGCAGGCACCUACACCGCCACUUCAAGUGGAUGGUCGAGAAGCGGCCAUGCAUCAUGCUCUCAGUUCGGCCGGCAGUCUUCAAGAAAAGGAACGCACGCUGUCUGAAAUGAUUUUACAUCUUCAAAUGGUUCGAGAACAUCUCUUGUCAACGCGUCAAGAACCCAAUGAUGAUAUAAAGUUUGAUGUUACAACUUACCACGUGUUUGGUGCUAGUUAA